GUCAUGGACUAAGUAUUAGCUACUGUGAAAUUGAAUUCUGUACUUGUGUGCCUAAUGCAAACAGUAGUGCGCACACACAGAGUCUAAUGUUCCCAGAGAAACCAGGGCUGACAUUUAACUGCCCCUGGGAAAAGAGGAGGAAAUUAAUACAGUGGGUAUGGAAGACAGAGACUUGACACAGCAAGAAGAAACAAGAGGCAGAAAAGAGGUGAAUGACUGGAUGACGAUAAAACUAACUCCAGGCGUGUGGUACUGGAAGGAUGAUACUAACACACUUGAAUUUGCAAGCUCCAAUCCAGCAGCUGAGGAAAACCUUAAGGAAGGAAAAAAUAUUCCCUUUCAGGAAAUGCGUGUCAAGACUUUAAAGAGCAUCUUCCAAGGUGACUGCAGUGCAACUCUCCCUGAAAGAAGGCUGGCUGACAAAGAAGGAAAAUUGCAUAGGCUGUCCAAGUGGCUACAACAUAAAUAUGUGACGUUGGAUGAUGUCAAACAUGCUGCUUUGCUUUUGAAAGAAGCAAAUAAAUCACAUCACAUGUUGCCAUUUGCAGCAGUUAUCAGGAAUGAGAAACUAGAUAUGUUCCUCAUGGCCCUGCUCUUCUACCUAUCUUUUUACCUGGAAAAAAUUGCCCUGGAAAAGAAGUGCAGAUCCUUGAUUUCGACUAUGAUAUUUUUAGACAAGAAAGAAAUGGACGAUGUGUCGGCGAAGUUAGCAGUGGCCAGGAUUCACCUUGCCAAGGCGUACUCUAACCUCGUCCUCGGAGGAGGCAUGGCACAGCAGUGCCACAUGCCUAGUGGAAGCCUUAGGAGAAAAACAUCACUGCAGAAAGAUCGGGGCUUCUUUGAGGGCUUCUACAACUUCUGCAGCUAUGUGGCUUGGCUUGUGUUCAGACGGAAGCACUUCCAAGUGAUUCGGGAAGAAAUCGGCAGGCUUCUUUGCUCCGACAUGUUCAAUCCCGCCUUAAGAGACAGGAACAAUGUUGACUUGCAGAAGCCAGGAGGCUGGACUGCUGGUGCAAACACAGCGAGAUUCCCGUAUCUAAGAAAAGUCCAUGCCAAGCAUCCUUCCCUAAAUAGCAUGGUUCACCAGCGCUCGCCAGUGCUCAGCACGCUGCUGCCCUUACCGAAGGACAGUGCUCAAUACCUCUCCCAGAACCACUACUGUCGGGGCAGAGAACCUCGACCUUACACGUGUGAUGGCCCGCUGGACUUGUCAGAACUGUUCACUACCAAGGUGGGCAUCAUUGGAGCUCAUUGUAGUGAGUUAAAAUCUCUUAUGAGCAUGCCUGAUGGGACAAUGGAGGAGGAGGAAGAAGAGGAAGAACAAGAACAAGGAAGAGUAAGAAGUGGUUUCUCUAUCCUGACAGAUGACCUCAGAUUGCCACCUCUGAGAAGCCCCCAAAACAGGCUUAAUAGUCAGAGCACUGUGGUCUCAAGAGCAGUGGCGGAAGGUGACUGUAAUGAGAGCAACUAGCAGACGUGGUGCCUGUGAUGAGUGGCACGAUUUCACAUUGCUAAAUAAAUCACUUUGAAACUGCAGCUUAAGAAGCCUAACUCACUUGUCAGAGGUGGGGUAGUUUAGCACACGAGGGCCCCGACUGGGUGACUGGAGACCUGGACUGUAAUUCCUGGUUCUGUCACUAACAAUUCCUCCUUCAGCUUAAUGCUUUCAUUGCACCAUUUCUGAGAAGAUUAUUUUACUGACUUAUUUUGGGAAGUGCUUUGACACCUGCAGAUGAAUAUGAUUAUUGAUUUUAAUGUCAACCGUCUUUUUCUGAAAGGUUUAGCAAAGCAACCAGGAGACAUGACUUACUACAGUCUCAAAGUUGCUGAAAUUUUGCUUUUGAAUGAAGUUACUCUGGAAUCUUUAAUAUAUUGUUUACUUU